AAUAUCUUUAUCACGACUAACUAUUUCUUUAAACUCCAUUCCUGCUCGACUUCAAUUGCCCUAUACUCUCCUCCAAAACUACCUGGCAUCGAUUGUCUUGGUUCCCAAACCCUCACAAAGUCAGUAACUCAGUAUGGCCGUGAUGAUAUUCUCUCUUCGGAUGAUCAUCUUUCUUAUUUCACUUUUGAUUUUCUUUGCUGUUAUUGAGCUUGAAGGUUCCGCCGAUGCUUGCAGCAGCUUUCUGAAAUUUGAACUACCUUCAACCCGCCAAGCUAGAGAGCCUUACAGAACUGGGUAUCAUUUCCAGCCUUGCAAGAAUUGGAUGAACGAUCCUAAUGGGCCAAUGGUUUACAAGAACGUAUACCAUCAUUUUUAUCAAUAUAAUCCCGAUGGUGUAGCAUGGUCACCCAACAUUGUUUGGGCACAUUCAACAUCAACUGAUCUUGUCAAUUGGACACCACAUGAUGAGGCCCUCUACCCAUCAGAACCGUUUGAUAUCAAUGGUUGUUGGUCAGGGUCUGCUACAAUCCUCCCUGGGGAGAAGCCAGCCAUGUUCUACACCGGAAUCAACUCCCAAACUGAGCAAGUUCAAAACUUGGCAUUCCCCAAAAACCUCUCAGACCCUUUUCUUAGAGAAUGGAUAAAAAUCCCACAAAACCCACUAAUGAUGCCAACCCAAGCUAACCAAAUAAUCGUAGACUCAUUUAGAGACCCAACUACUGCUUGGCUAGGAUCAGAUAAUAGAUGGAGAUUAGUCAUUGGAAGCAGGAAAAACCAAACUGGCCUCGCUAUUCUGUAUACGAGCGAAGAUUUCCUAAACUGGACCAUGGCAAGCCACCCCUUUCAUUCAGCAAAAGAAAAUGGAAUGUGGGAGUGCCCAGAUUUUUUCCCAGUUUCAAAGAGUACCCCAAUUGGUCUUGACACAUCAACAAAUGGUGCAGACGUUAAACAUGUGCUCAAGAUUAGCUUGUUUGAUAUUGCCAAAGAGUACUACACAAUUGGGACAUAUAACCUUGAUAAGGAUGUCUAUAUCCCCGAUCAGGGAUCAGUGGAAAGUGACUCGGGUUUGAGAUUUGAUUAUGGCAAGUUUUAUGCAUCAAAAUCCUUCUUUGACAGUGUUAAGAACCGAAGGAUCUUAUGGGGCUGGAGUAAUGAAUCCUCAAGUGCGGAGGAUGACAUCAAGAAGGGCUGGUCUGGACUCCAGACGAUUCCAAGGACCAUUUUGCUAGAUAAGUCUGGGAAACAAUUGGUCCAAUGGCCCAUUGAAGAACUUGAAAAGCUGAGAACAGAACAUGUCAAGUUACCAAGCUCUUUGAUUAAGGGAGGAUCACUACAUGAAGUACUUGGAGUCGCAACAACACAAGCAGAUGUUGAAGUUACAUUUGAGAUAAGUAAUUUUGAGAAAGCAGAGGUGCUAGAUCAAAGUUGGACGGAUCCACAAAUUCUAUGUAGCAAUAAGGAUGCCUCAGUUGAUGGGAGUCUAGGACCAUUCGGGUUGCUGGUUUUGGCUUCAGAGGGUUUGCAAGAAUACACAGCAGUCUUUUAUAGAAUAUACAAAUCUCACAACAACAAAUAUGUGGUGCUCAUGUGCAGUGAUCAAAGCAGGUCUUCCUUAAAUGAAAAUAAUGAUAAGACCACAUACGGGGCUUUUGUAAAUGUUGAUCCUGUUCAUGAGAAGCUAUCACUCAGAAGCUUGAUUGAUCAUUCUAUAGUGGAGAGCUUUGGUGGAGAAGGCAAAGUGUGCAUAACAGCCCGAGUUUAUCCCACAUUGGUUGUAGAUGGUGAUACCCGCUUAUAUGCUUUCAAUUACGGGAGAGAGAGUGUAGAAAUCUCAGGAAGUGCGUGGAGUAUGGAAACCGCAAUGAUUAACCGAUCAAGAGAAGAAGAAUAUGAUCGAACAGAAGAGAGUUGGUAAUGUUGGUAGGAAGAGAGGACACACGUGUGGAAUUUUGAUUCUUGUGUGCUAUCUUCAACCAUUUCUAAUGUCAUCUCGAGAAAAUAAAUUUGAGACCCUAUAUCAUUUGUGUUUCAGUUAAUGAGAGAUGAGAAGGUGGUCGAGCAUGACGGCUUGGAAAAACCUGAAUUUAUUACUUAUUAUUUCGCAUGUUGAUUUUGCAUGCAAAUUUUCAUGUUUAGUCGUUAAUUUGUAUUCAAUUUGCUUCUUCUUUUUUCAAAAGCUUUUUCAUAGUAAUAGUUGUUUG